GGCCAAUGAGGAGCGAGUUCGGACGCGCCGCGGACCAAUGGCGGGCGCGGCCUAGCGCGAGGGGCGGGCGCCUGGGCCGAGGCUAGCUUGAGCGCGGCGGCGGCGUUGUUCAGUCAGAGCGAGAACAUUCCAGAGGUCGCCAGCCCCGGGUGCUGAAGGGUGUGGACGCCGGACGUCGCUGGGACAGCCCCUGCCCGCUGCUCGGCGGCGCCUGGCCCGGCCGCUGCUCGCUGCGCCCCCUGCCGCUCCGUCGCCCUCCUCGGACCCGGGUUCGCGCGCGCCUGCCUUCCUCCCAGUCCCGGGCGAGCCGCGUUGGGUUUAUGUCUUUAUUUGACGAAAACGAGCUGUUGCGCAGCCAUUGGUACCUGUAUUGGGGAAACAUAGCAUACAAGCAAGAAGCUUCCAGCCUCAGCGGCGAAAACUUUUUCAUGUCAGAGACCGAGAACUCUUGCAGUCGUUUAUGUCAUCCCUUCUUCUCCAGACAGAAGAUACCAAAAAGUUGCCCUCAAAGAUCCCUUCACCUUAUUGAUAAGGCCACUAAUAAGCCAAAAUGUCUGUCAACGUCAACCGCAGUGUGUCAGACCAGUUCUAUCGCUACAAGAUGCCCCGUCUGAUUGCCAAGGUUGAGGGCAAAGGAAAUGGAAUCAAGACAGUUAUAGUCAACAUGGUUGACGUUGCAAAGGCGCUUAAUCGGCCUCCAACGUAUCCCACCAAAUAUUUUGGUUGUGAGCUGGGAGCACAGACCCAGUUUGAUGUUAAGAAUGACCGUUACAUUGUCAAUGGAUCUCAUGAGGCGAAUAAGCUACAAGACAUGUUGGAUGGAUUUAUUAAAAAAUUUGUUCUGUGUCCUGAGUGUGAGAAUCCUGAAACAGACCUGCAUGUCAAUCCAAAGAAGCAAACAAUAGGUAACUCUUGUAAAGCCUGUGGCUAUCGAGGCAUGCUCGACACACAUCAUAAACUCUGCACAUUCAUUCUCAAAAACCCACCUGAGAAUAGUGACAGUGGUACAGGAAAGAAAGAGAAGGAAAAGAAAAACAGAAAGGGCAAAGAUAAGGAAAAUGGCUCUGUGUCCAACAGUGAAACACCGCCACCUGCACCACCCAAUGAAAUCAGUCCUCCUCCACAUCCUGUGGAAGAAGAGGAUGAUGACUGGGGAGAGGAUACAACUGAGGAAGCUCAGAGACGCAGGAUGGACGAAAUCAGUGACCAUGCAAAAGUUCUGACACUCAGUGAUGAUUUGGAGAGGACUAUUGAAGAGCGAGUCAACAUCCUGUUUGAUUUUGUUAAGAAAAAGAAAGAAGAAGGUAUUAUUGAUUCAUCUGAUAAGGAGAUUGUUGCCGAAGCAGAGAGACUGGAUGUAAAAGCCAUGGGUCCUCUUGUUUUGACCGAAGUUCUUUUUAAUGAGAAGAUUAGAGAACAAAUUAAGAAGUACAGGCGCCAUUUUCUACGAUUUUGUCACAACAACAAAAAAGCUCAGCGGUACCUUCUUCACGGUUUAGAGUGUGUGGUAGGUAUGCAUCAUACUCAGCUCAUCUCCAAGAUUCCACAUAUCCUUAAGGAGAUGUAUGACGCAGACCUGUUGGAAGAAGAAGUCAUCAUCAGCUGGUCAGAAAAGGCUUCUAAGAAAUAUGUCUCAAAAGAACUUGCCAAAGAGAUUCGUGUCAAAGCAGAACCAUUUAUAAAAUGGCUUAAGGAAGCAGAGGAAGAAUCUUCAGGUGUUGAAGAUGAUGAUGAAGAUGAAAAUCUUGAGGUGGUGUAUUCGAAGACUGCCAGUGUACCGAAAGUUGAAGCUGUGAAGUCUGACAAGGACGAUGACAUAGACAUUGACGCCAUUUAAAGGGGUGGGCAGUGCCCAGCUUAGCACCAGAAGUGCAACAUGUAUGUGCAGGAGCUGAAAUGGCUUAACAUCAUGCUACACUUUCUACUAAAAUUAUAUUGCUGUGAGUGGUCUGUAAUUAAGCCCAAUGAGACAUCUAGGGAGUCCAUACACAUAUCAGUGAGCAGAUGUAGUUUGCUUAUUUAUAGCAUGUUUCUUUUUUAAAAAUUAGUGGUGGACACAUUUGGAUCACAUUUAUACAGUUAUUAAAUAAAGAUUUGAUUUUGGUCAUUCUUCAGAUUUCUGGCUCUGAAUGACUUAAGCUAAAUAAAUUGGCUCCUUUAAAAGAUGUUAAGCACCAUUAUUUAAUUUGCUAGGGUUCUUGGAGCUUGUUAGAUAUUGUUGUUAGGUGCUGAUGCUCUCUUAAUGGGGGCUUCAGCAGAAUGUAAGCAUAAAUUUAUUGUAACUACCCUAGUCAGACUCAGAAGUACAGUACUGUUAAGUCUUAGCUCUGGUCCCCCCAAUUGGCUUCUGGUAGUGCACAUGCUUCACAUGCCAACACAGACUGACAGUCAAAUUACAGUGCAACACCUUUAUCUUAAAAAUGACCUGAGUGUCCUAUAAAUAAUUUAAAAACAGGUUUGAAUUGUGAGGUUUUGUGGUUUUUGUUUUUUGUUUUCCUCCCCAGUUUUUGUGCACUUGCCCCAGAUUUACAGUCUUCAGUCAUGUGCAAUGCACGUUAGGUGAACCAGGGGAAAUAUUACACCGACAAGAGCGUUUUACCUGUGUGUGGCUGUGGCUUUGUACUGAAAGCCAAACUUCAGGUUCUUGAUUAGAUUAGGAAGAUUGAUGGUUUCUUUGGGGGAAACUAGAAAAGGUGCACUUAAUUUCUAGCAACGGGAGGUAAAACUUCAACACAAGGUUCAAAUUAAAAUUUCAAAAUGUUUGAACAUACUGUAUCUCGUUCAGUGUGGAUUUUCCCCUGUAACUAUGGUUUGUUUUAAAUGCCUCUUAACAUUUGGAUACAGCUUGCUUUUGUUAGGUUUGGGUUGCUAUCUUGCCAAAUUACGUGUUGAUAUGUCUCAGAACUUUUUUCCUUCUGUCUUAAUUUAAAAAAAAAAAAAGUUAAACGCCAUAGUUCAAAGUUGGAACCUCUGUUUUGGUCUAAGACUUAGGAGUUUUGUUUUUGUGGGGGUUUUGUUUUUGUUCUUGUUAUUGCUGUUUUGUUUUUCAAAUAAUGAAUUUUACAUUGAGUAUAACCAGACACCCAAGAAGUCUGAUGGUGGCCACCGAAAGCAGGAUACAACAGUGACACCCUGCCACCUGGGGCUCUAGACUUCUUGGAAUAAUGUUUUUAUAGAUCUCUUGCCCAGUUAGCUGAUUCAGCUGGUAUGGGUUCUGAGAAAUCAUUAAGGUAAAAUGCAUAUUUAUUCCUAACAUCAAGUGUGCUGUGUGAAUCAAUCCACAGGGCUCGUUUUGUUUGGGACACUGGCUUACAUCAUUCACCUAUUUCUUUGUGAUCCAUUUCAAAUUAUAAUGAAUGAAAUCUUAACAAAUGUAUGUAAAAGUUUUUCACAUUGAAAUUAUACAAACAUUUGAUAUAAACCUUGUUAGCUUGCUAUUUUAAGGAAUUAAAAUCUAACAUUCUUACUGGAGGAAAUGAGUUGGUCUCCAGUUGCUUUUGAUUUUGAGGAUGAGUAGCAGCAACCAGGUACCUGGAUGGAUUGUACUUCGUCAAGCAAAAUAGCGUUUUUCAAACUUAUCUCCUAUGUUUGAAACUCUUAUGUUACGGGACAAUUGGCUUUCAGGAACUGAGGUCCUAUAGGAGGUACUGGCCUAAUCCAGGUUGCGUUCAACAUGCCCAGAGACAGGCUAGUGAGGCUUAGCUACAGGGCUCCCCUCACCACUUUGAAUCUGAAAGGAAACAUGAUUGAGUCUAAUAAACUUUUAAAGAAAGGCAACUUUGGCAUAAGCUGGUUUUCAGUCCGGUGCAAUGUAGUUUUUAGUCCCAUAUGAUUUAAUUCAGAGACUGUCCUGAUAUGACUGUCUUAAAAGUGUCCUGACAGCUACAUUACUUGAUUAAAAUAAUGUGAAAAUUA